CAAAGUUCUGAUGGAAAAAAAGCGUUUGAUACAGGACCACCAAUACCUGGAGAGGACACUAAACAUGGGGAUGAGGGCUUGCCGUUUACACCAAAGAUGCUGUAUCAGACCGCAACAAUCUUUAAAGGUACAUGGAAAGAUUGCAUACCAUUGGCAGAAAAUGAAGCAAAAGAGAAAAGAGGAGGGGAAAGAGGAGUGAUAAUAGAUGAAAAAGCUUAUAUCAGUUUGAAGGAAAGACGUGGUCGAGAUGGCUCGGACCAUUACAAAAUAAUUGGCAAAGGUGCUUUUGGGAAGGUCGAAUUACUUCAUCUUGGGACAAAGGACAUUGUUAUAAAAAAGGUGGAAAGAAACAAAUUCAAGAAGAACGAAGUCAUAAUUCCAUGUUCUUCCAAGCAUCCAAAUAUUCUGGCAUGUUUGGGGCUGAUUUUCAGACUAUCAACUGUACAGAUCUUGUUUGAACACGCAGGCAUGACUCUGUGUAAAUACAUCGAAAUUCAUCCAAGUGUGCCCAUUGUCACUGUUGUGAGGUUGUUCAGCCAACUGAUAUGUGGCUUAAAAUAUCUUCAUAAAUAUGGCCACCGACACCUGGAUAUAAAACCUUCCAACUUGUGUGUCUCUACUGGACAAGAUGGCAGUGUUUUACUCAAGAUCAUUGAUUUUGGGUCUGCCAAAAUGAGGCAUGAGGUGAACGACUUCAAUGGCAUGACACCUGCUUACAUGGCUCCAGAAAUUUUCAGAAACCUGAAAAUGAGAAAGGACGAGGAGAUUUCGGAACAGGCAGACAUGUUCUCAGCCGGUCUUGUGUUGAUGUUUAUGUUGACUGGAAAACAUCACAGAAGAACUAGACCGUUUUCAAUACAUGUAUCACCAGAGAUCAUCUUUGAAAUACCCAUCCUAGAGCCGUUCCGAGAAUUAAUUCACAAACUGCUUGAAAAUCUCUUGAAGGACCAUCCCUCGGAGAGAUUGACCUCAUUGCAGGCAUGGGGCACUCUACAAGAUCAUAUUGAAAGUCCAGAAUUCCAGGAAAUAACUCCAAAAGGUUCUCUUAAAAGAAAAGCUGGAAAUCCAACAACCAGCAGGCACUCCUCAGCUAGCAGUGUUGCUAUGGAUACUGCUCAUAUUCAUAUCAAGAAUGAAACAAGUCUAAAAGAGACCAUGCCAUCACCAGUGGUAGACCUUCGUGGAGGCAGGACUCAAUACCUGCCUGCCACCAACUUGGGAGAAUAUGACAUGAUUGAUAACGUUUCUAACACAGUAGACAGUUUUAAGAAGCCCAGACUGGACCCUGAUGUUGGUACAGAAAGGUCAAGGGUCAAGGUUCCCAAUACUGAAGGCUGGAAACCGACCGAUUUGGUAGUGAACCUGAGUCAAUCAACUCAAGUCAUGGUUGAUAAAACAGCUGUGUUCGACCAAGCAUGGGAUGAACAUGCAGGACAGGAAGCAGAUGAAAGUGAUAUGCUUACGGCAGAUACAUCCGAUGUUGGAGAAGAUGAGCAAGAAGUACAUCAACUCACAGCUGAUGCCGUAGAAGACAAUGCUGCUAGAGAUUGGAGUAUGGGGGACCCACCUGAUGAUCAACACAACAAUAAGUUGCCUAUUUUUCAAGAACUCUUGUCGGAUAUGGACAGUCCAGUUCUAUCAUAUAAUGAGGCAGUGCCUUAUAUCUGAAAACUGGGCUUAUAGAAACAUGUACUAUUAAUCAUUAUUAUUCGUGGAUCUUUCUUUGUUUUCAUUGGUUGAACAAUUCACAAACAUGUCGGAAAAUAAUCUAUGCUCAUAACUACAUAAUCAGAAAUCCACGAUUUAAUGUCCACAAAACAGUCUUUUUUUUGGGAAACCACAAAAUUAUGAACCUCUUAGCACGCAAGCAUUCUGCAUGCAUACUGUCAUUGAUUUUUAUUUAGAACCUCGUUGCUUGAGGGCCAGAAGUGAUAAUAGGCCUGCAGAGUGAAUAAUCGUCCCGAAUGCUGUAGGCCUGAGGGCGAUUAUUCACUCCAGGGCCGAUUAUCACUUCCGGCCCUCCCCUUUAGCAACGGUGGUAUUAGCGUCUUUAAUACUUAAUCCCCGUUAACUGUACUAUUUAUUACAGAACCAGAUUUCCGUACUUUAAUUUUCAUUCAAUUAAUCACGCAAUUAAUGAUGUAUCUCAUGUGAUAUAAUUUCUGUGAUGAAACACAGUUUUAGCUAGACUCUCUGGAUUUAAGGGACAACACUUCAGUCGUGGAGGAUUUAUAUUUAACAGUUAAAUAUUUUUUAGCAUCGAACGAAUCCAAAACUUAUUUCGGAUUGUGUGUUUGUCAUGCAUUAUUAGGAAUCCAUUUUGUGUAAUUGCUCCGACAAGUCAUUCGAUUUCGUUAAUCAUGUUUUUGGUGAAAGGGGUUAGCAUUUGAUACAAAUGGAAUAGCACAUCCUUGCUAUUUUAUUAGCUCAGCUGUUUUUGGAGAAAACCAAAGCUAUUGUCAUUGCCAGCUCGUCGUCCACCGUCAGUCGUCCGAAGUAGGCGUUUUGCUAAAACCUUAACAUUGGCUCUAAAAUCAAAGUGACCUCUUUGACCUCUUAUUUAAAACUUAUACAUAGGCUCUAAAGUAAAAAUGCCUCCACCUACAACUUUUAAACUUCACUAGGUCAAAGGUCAAGGUCACUGUGACCUCUUAAUAUAAAACUUUACCAUAGGCUCUAAAAUCAAAGUGCUUCCACCUACAACUUUGAAACUUCAUAUGUAGAUGUACCUUGAUGAGUUACACACGCCACACCCAUUGUUGGGUCACUAGGUCAAAGGUCAAGGUCACUGUGACCUCUAAUAUAAAACUUUAACAUAGGUUCUAAAAUCAAAGUGCUUCCACUUACAACUUUGAAACUUCAUAUGUAGAUGCACCUUGAUGAGUUCUACACGCCACACCCAUUUUUGGGUCACUAGGUCAAAGGUCAAGGUCAUUGUGACCUCUAAAAAAAAUUCUGACAAGCUUUCGCAGCCGAGCGUGGAACCCGUUAUGCGGUGCUCUUGUUAUUAUAAACAUCGGGUUUAAGUUGUUGAGGUAAGUGUUUCUUUAACUAUAAAGUUUGCUGUUCGAUGAAUCCUGUUAAAGCUCAAAUAGAGGCAUAUCUAAUGUAUAGAAGAGUUUCAGUUUCAACAUGUCGUUAACAUUAUGUUCGAUUCUUUCGUUGAGUUGUGGUUAAUUGUAUUGAUCACCGUUGGCUGAGACUGAAUGUGGACGCCAUUUUGUUAUUACGUAGCGCGUUGGCGGUAACGUCACAUGCUUUAGCUCCGGGGCCGAUUAUUGAUUAUCAACAUUUGGUCCUGCAGGGCCAAAGGUAAUAAUCAUCUUGCUUUGACCGAUAAUCACAUGCAUUUGAGUCAAUUUUGUUACGAUAUAUAGUUACAUAAAUAUAAACAACAUUUUAUUUCUGUGUUGGAAUAUAUAUAUGCAUAAAAUUUUGUCUGGAACAUUUUUUUCACCUUUUGUAAAAUAGAUUUAGUUGAAUCAUCUACAAGACGAAGUGAUGUUUCCAUAAUGCAACAUUAUUAUUUGAAGUUUAAGGUGUUCACAUGUAAUUAUAAUACUUGUUAGUGAUGACAGUGUAUAGAUGUUUUGCUAUUGAUACCACAAAGUGUUUUUGUUUAUAUAUUUUAUUUGAAUGUAAAUGAAAUAUUUAAAUUAUGUGAUAUUAAUUCAUUUUCUGUGCAGAAUGAUGUUUCAUUUAUAGCGUGUAACUAAUGACAAAGUGUUUUCACUUUAGAAAAUAAUUAUGACUGCUUUGUUUGGUGUUAUUUUGCUGUGGAAAUAAGUAAAAUUAAUGUUACAAGUUAAUGUAAAACAGAUUAAUUUUGUUAUGUUUAUUCAAUGGUGUGGUUGUAUUUAGUUUUUGUUGGGCCAUGAACUUUAUUAUCUAGUUGCCCAAUGACCUUAAAACAAGCGCCACUCAUUGUUUAAUGUAUACAUAUUUAUAUUUGUAUUAUAUUUGUAUUUGGUUGUUGUUUGAGAGUGAUUAUUAUAUAUGAUUGUUUUGAUUGAUAUCUGAUGUAAACAAACAUAAAAUUAUGUUUUGUUAUUGCUAUGAAUGCUCUAUGAAUUUCCAUUUUUUUCCUUUAAAGUAGUGGAUUCAUACAUUCAAUUGCAACAUCAUUUAAAUAUAUUUAACGUUAUUUCUUUCCUUGCCACAGAACACAGUUCCUUCAUUUGAUUUGAAAAUUUAAAAUACUUUGUCAUCCAUCAGAAUAACACAAUAUUCGUAAUAACCCAUGCUGAAAUGUGUCUUUAUGAUGUAAUAUAAUUAAAAUUAACAUGUAGUGAUUGAAAUGUUACACGGUAUACUAGCUUUGUGUAUUGACAUUGUGAUUGAGACUUAAGUGGUUAUUCUAGAUUUUUGUGUGCAUAUUGGGAUUGGGAUCGAGAAAUGCAUGAAUUGAUGCUGAGACAGGGUAUGUUUUAUAUACGACAUCUUAUUAUGUUUAUUUACAUGUUAUGUGAUUGGGAGAUGAUGUCAACAACAAUAAUUGGGAAAGAAAUUUGCGAAUAUUUGUUGACAACAAAAAUCAUUUGUCCGGACAAUGCAAAAACGACAUGAACUCUUUUACUAUUGAAAAUCAUUGUGCUAUCACUAUGAUUAUUCAUGUUUUACAUCAAUUAGGAAUGUGUGUAUGAAUUGAUAAAUUUAAUGGGAAAUCAAUUGUAUAAAACGCUUUUCUGCUUGGGGUAGGAAGCUUUAUAUGGACAUGGUUAUUGCGAAUUUAUGCAUGGAUACUUGUAGGAAAUAUAUGUAUGGUGGCUGCAAUGGGGAAUUUUUCAUACAUAUAUAAACAAUUGUCCCUUUAUAAUUGGAAUUUAUGCAUGACCGCAGAUUAGAAGUGUGUGUAUACACUUGAUUUAAAUGUGCAAUUGUUAAUGAUUUUUAUGUCAAAUUAUAUUAUUGAAAUGAAAAUGCAUUUUAAAGCUUUUGUUUUUACUAUUUAUAAAAUAUUUAAAUGUUGUUACGUGCAGUUUAAAUACAAACAUUGUUUUUGGCCUUUUAACCAUUAUUAUAGUGCUGGUGUUUUAAGACUUGAACCAACUAUUCUAUACAUGUAGCUGUUAAUUGUCUGGUAACUAAGUACUGGGAUUUUAUGUUUGUUUAUUGAAGUUUAAUUUGAUUGAUAGACACCUGGAUAAUCUAUGCUUAAUAAUUUACUAGUUUAUUGAUCCUAUCAUUUUACAUGCUGCAAAUGUUGUCAUCAUAUAUGUUUAAUUUUAUGAUUUGUUGAUUUUUAUAGAAACUCUAAUAAUUGGAUAGUAUUAAAUGAACUUUUAAUUUAAUUCCUUUGAAAGAAAAUAAUUUUAAAAUCGUGUUGAUGAUAUCUUUAUAUGAAAUAGUACUUAAGGAAUUAUGUACUGAAAUUAUGAGAAUAUGAUUUUGGUAAUGAAUUUGGUACCAUGUAUAUAUAAAUUGUAAAUGUAUAACCAUUGUGUUUGUAAUAACAUGUCUUGAACUGUUA